GGAUGUAGCUGCAACAGCAAUCUACUGUACAGUGGCAACAAUGUAGCAGUCAAUUCCUGAACUGUUUAGGAACCGCGUUGUAACCUUUAUUCGUGUAGGAUAAAAAUUUCCGGGACCCGAAAAUGCCUUUGUAACGAUAGUUGCGCGUCCUGUCAGGAAGUACGAGGCGAGCGAGUCGAGGGGAAGCCGAAGCCCUUCGAGGCGCUGCCUGUCCCCGCUUGAAGGUUUGGAGGAGGACGCUGGUCUCCUCUUCUGACUUACCGACACGAGCUUCGCGUUUCUCGUCAGUUGUAAUGGCUCCGCUCAACCUUCGGCACGCCAUAGGAACACCGGAGAAGGGCGUGUAGCGCUAGCGGAUACCGGGGGAGCAGCUCGUAGCGUUACCGCCCCGUCCUCCCCCCACCCCAACCCCGCUUCUCCAGCAAACCGACAGCACGGUAAAUAAAGCACUUGGGGCGGCGAAGACUCUCACCGGGGCCCGCGGACAAAAUGGGGAAUACAACCUCCUGCUGCGUGUCGUCGAGCCCCAAACACCGGAGGAGCAACCACUCCAGGCUGGAGCCCUACCGACCGGAGCCGGAGCUGAGUCGUGAGGACACGGGCUGCAAUCUCCAGCACAUCAGCGACAGAGAAAAUAUAGACGAUCUGCCCAUGGAAUAUAACCCUUCAGAUCAUCCUCGAGCCAGCACCAUCUUUCUAAGCAAGUCACAAACAGAUGUUUUGCUGCCCAACAAGCGAGUUCGAGAAAAGCGGAAGAGCCUUUACAUCAACCACUUCACACACAUUUUGGAAAACAAGCAUUAUCCAGGUCCUCUGAGACGAAAGUACAGCUCCUGUUCCACCAUAUUUCUGGACGACAGCACAGUCAGUCAGCCCAACCUCAAAUACACCAUCAAAUGUGUAGCCCUGGCGAUCUACUACCACAUAAAAAACAGAGACGUCGACGGACGAAUGUUGUUAGACAUUUUUGAUGAGAAGCUGCAUCCUCUCUCGAAGUCUGAGGUUCCUGCUGAUUAUGACAAAUACGACCCUGAGCAGAAGCAGAUCUAUCGCUUUGUCCGGACGCUGUUCAGCGCCGCGCAGCUCACUGCCGAGUGUGCUAUUGUCACUUUGGUUUAUUUGGAAAGGCUCUUAACCUAUGCUGAGAUUGACAUCUGCCCUGCCAAUUGGAAGCGCAUCGUGCUGGGAGCGAUCCUCUUAGCCUCCAAAGUUUGGGACGACCAGGCGGUGUGGAAUGUUGACUACUGCCAAAUUCUCAAGGAUAUCACAGUAGAGGACAUGAACGAGCUGGAGCGUCAGUUCCUGGAGCUGCUGCAGUUUAACAUCAACGUACCGUCCAGCGUUUACGCCAAGUAUUACUUCGACCUGCGCUCCCUGGCUGAGGCCAACAACCUCAGCUUUCCCUUGGAGCCGCUCAGCAGGGACAAAGCCCAGAAACUAGAGGCCAUCGCACGGUUGUGCGAUAAGUACAAGGACGUGAGGAAACUGGCCAAGAAGCGAUCGGUGAGCGCGGACAACCUGACGGUGGUGCGGUGGUGUCCGGCUAUCAUUUCUUAACACCUGGCCACCUUCAGAGGAUCAGAGGAGAAAAUAGACCUUUGCCAUUAUGUUGCCUGAAAAGCAGGGAGGUGAGCGGGUCGGCCGACUGCAGGCCGGCGGGUCUGUCUGGAACAUACACACCCACACAACACAAACUUCCAUUCAGACUGGCACUUUGACAAGUGAGAUUGCCUUUUUCCCUGACUGUUGUACAUAAAAGGUCCCACUGGUUGCCUGAAGCAAACUGAGCUGAAAGAUGUGGAAUGAAGACGUAAGUUGCAGGAGAAAAGCAGGUUAAUGGAGAUAAAUUGAGAGACUGGAAAGUUGGAAAGCAAUUCAAUAGCAAGACACAAGAGGGGGAGAAAAAAAGAAUGGCAGAAGAGUUUUAAUAGUUUUCUUUGAAGCUCAACUGGUUUGUACAUCUGAUUAAUGGAGGCUGAUUACGUUUCUUUAAUUCAAAUCCUUCACUGGAGCAUCAUUUUACGCCUCAUACAGACACAUUUCCUCACAAUGUUUGUGAUUUCUUAUUUUUUGCAUUCCCAUCAAACACUCAGAAAAAGAUUGUACAUUCCAUUGCCUGGGUGGAGAGCAGAGGUGAUGCAUUUCAGUAGACUACAUAUCACCAAACUAACCCGCUGAGUACUUAUUAAAACUGUGGUCAUUUGGCUAAAUUCGUCCAGAGAAUUCAUCACACACCCGUUUAGAUCAAAUUUUACCUUGAGAAUCUCUCAUCAGGAAAUGCCAAUUCAACCUCCAUGUGCAGAAACUCACCAAGCUCUAUCAAAUAAAGCAAUAUCCAGUCCAUCUCUGCGUUUCGGAUGGAACACGAUAAAAAGCAUACGCACUCUGGAGAAGAUUGCCUUGAAGACGAAUGCGAGACAUACUGUAGAGUUUAUGUUGUGUCCACUGCCAUUGUCCUGACCUGUGGUGCCUGUAAUUAACACUUCUUCCCCUCUCUCUCUAUCAGGACGAGAACAAAUUCAGUUUCUCUGCUUCACUAUUUUGUAUGGCUCUUCCGUCUUAAAAAGAAAUGGCACAAUAUGGAAUUUACAUUUCGAAGCCACUUAAAUAUGAUUCUUCAGGGGUUUUGUUGGUCUAAUGAAGACCAAAAUUAAUAAAAGCAAAAUAUUUAGCGCUGAUUAAAACACUGCUCAGAAAAUGAGAAAUUGUAUAAAAUAUAUAUAAAAAUUUUCAGACUUUUCUUUGUACAGUGUGAAUAAAUUGUGAAAUUGUGAAAGACUUUUAGACUCACUAAAAAGUGUGUUGUAAAAACAGGAAAAAAAGGCAGCAGAGUGAUGUUAGAAUAUUUAUAUCAGUUUUUAUGGAGGGGGGAGGCAGUGAAUAUUGUAUGUAUGACUUUGUGCUCCUGUGACAAAUCAAGUAAAGAAAAAAAAAGUGAAGUAUUAAAAUUAAAAUGGGACACACCACUCAAGAUUUUUUUUUUGUCUAUCUUGUUAACUUUUGCAGAAUUAAAAUCUGUCACCUUUGAAUGUGUUACUUUUUGUGAAUGGUAUGUUGAUAUCACUAAAUAUUCACCAAACGUUUACACAUUUUCCAAAAGACUUCUUGAACCACAUUGCCAAAUGCAACUGGUUUUCAUUUAUUUUGUACUGAGGCCUGAAACUGUCAAAAAAAAAAAAAUGUAGUAGUGUAAAUGUCAACGACAGUGAAAGCUAUACAUUACCAAAUAUUGAGUAAUGUAAAGUUGGUAUUUCUCCAUUUAUUUCAGUUGCCCUUUCAAUUUUCUGUUGUUAGCGAGCUAAUUUAUUUCCUGUAUUCUACAUUAAUUAAUGUAGAAUAUAAUAGUUAUUUACGGUAAUAGUUGCUUGAUGCUCACAACAUAAAAAGUUGAAUUAUAUGGCAUCAUAUAGUAAUUAACUUCAGUACAAGUUUUAUCUAGCAAUGGUUAGCAUUAGCUACGUAGUUUCCUUUGUUUUUCAUUCAGUAUUCUUGCCCGCUCUUGUUCUAAUAUCAUGUUAAUUGACGUAAAUAGUGUUAUUUGUCUUCUGUAUUAAUUAAUACCAUAGUUUGCGUCGUGUAUACUUCACAUUUUAAUUUGACUUUUCUGUAGCGGGGUAUCGUUAGCUAAGAAGCUAUCACCUUCUCAGCUAGCUACAUAUGUAGUUAGCUGAUACUACAUAUGUAGCUAUCUUUGGCUUAGCCUAUAAAUAAGCAAUGUUGCUGAUCUAAACAUUUCGGUCACAAACUAACUAAGAAAUGUUGAAACAGAAAGUUUUGUUUUGGCCCAAAUAUUUUAAUCCAUUUUGUAAUAAACUUCGACUUGUUUUUGUCAGUUUCCGGAUUCCAAAGUAUUUAUAUUUUCUGGAUAGAGUCAGUAUUUUUUCACACCUCUCUUCUUCUCGUAGAGAACAAAUAGAGAAAAAGAAAAAAUGACGCUACGGACUGAAUACUUCUAUUCGUUCGACAGUAUUGGUGAACUUGUGGGAGAAACCCUUUCUUCUCUUUUCUUUACACCAGUGCUUGUUUGCCUUAUGAUCAACUGGACUCACAUUCCUUCGUGAUAUUACUAAUGAAAUAACAUAAUAUUUAAAAAAAAAGUUAAAUAUUAAGCAGUCAGUUUCUAUUGCCUUUUUCUAAGAGACAAAGGUCUGAAGAAGUUUCAUUUUCAACUAGUGUAUUGUACUUUCCACGUUAUGCGCAUUUCAUUGACGGCCUCCACUGCGUCGUUUUCCAUUGUCUGUCAAACCGCUAAGGAACCAGUCAGUCAUUAACGUCUGACCUCCACGAGUGAGAAGGGAAAGAACCGAACCAAAGUCGAGGAGAAAUGAAGGAAGAUGAUUUCCAGUGUGUUGCUCUUUCUCAGUCUACUUGCACAUUAGUUAACGAGGAGUCUGCUCUUUGAAAGGGUUUGCGUGAGGCUUUGAUUGACCUCCAAAUAUAAGUGUCUGUAGGAAAGUGAUGUUGCUAGAGUUGCUCAAACUGUCCUCAAAGAUUGUAUAUUGUAUUUAUUUCAUAUGUGUGUGUACAUAUGUUGAGGCCCCGGUGUUUUAAACGCCAAGAACUGAGCGUUGUUGCCGUGUGGCCGGCUUUGUUGAGUUCCAAGGUGAAGGUUGUGGGGGGUUGUGGCGCUGCGAUGGUUGGUCGCUAGACGAGUGUCACAGCACUGAGCUCUACCUCCGCAUAGAGUUACCUUUUUUCUUUACUUUCAUUCCUCUCUGUUUCAAAUGUUUUUGUGUUGAGAUGCUCAUUUUCGAUCAUAAUUCCCACGCUAACAGUCCACUACUGUAUCUGAACUUUUUUCUUUUUAUCCCCUCUCAUCAAUGGACAUUUUCAGUGAAUUGUACUCUGUAGUUUUGUUUUGUGUGUCCCAGUGAGUCUAAAUUGCUUUUGUUCUUGUUCUCAGUUUGCCAAAUUGUUUUUUCUUUUCUUUUCUGUGCGUUUUCAACUGUGAUUUCUGUGUCUCCAUUCCUCCUCUGAAGCAAUGUUUAGGAAGAAAAUGCAGCAAGAAUUAAAGCAAAUCUACUCUUGCAGAA